CUGAAUCUAGCGUCGUUUGCAGCUUGUUUGGCGCUCACUGCCUCACUGUGAGCGCUUUGCGAUGAGAAAUCUCAACUGAGAGGCCAUCCUCACAUCUGAAUCGGUGAGCAUUGAGAUAAGAAGGAUGGCUGGAGGGAUUUGAAUGCAGUGUGUGCCUCUGCCCUCUUGUUUCAGGCGUCUGUGUCUGGCCAGCGCGGCGCCAUGGGAGCUGCAGCCUCAUCUUCAUCUGCUGCCGCAGACCUGCCGCAGCCACAGGUGCGUGUACCCCACUCAUUCAUCGGUCGACUGGUUCGUCCGUUUCAUCCAUCCGUCCGUCCAUCCGUAUGUUGUCUGGCUGCUCUUUCUGGCUGCACUUUGCCAUUGCAGGAUGGACCGCAGACGCAGACGUACCAGAAGUAAGCAGAGCGGCGUCGUUGCAUGCGGCGGCUCAAAACACUUCUUUUCCUGUUGGUGUGUGGUGUGGCGCAUUGCCCAUGUUAUGUUGCCUAUGCCGAUCGCCGGCCCGUUCGGUGGUCCGAGAUCUGGGUUUGGCCCGUUCUACCCAGGCCCCUCCAUCUCUCGCCAGCUGUACCAGCAAUACCACGCACCCCCUCCUCACAUGACGAUGAACCUGCCACCGCACAUGACCAUACCCCCCCAGAUGCUACCACAGCACCCUCUACCUGCCCCCACCGGCCCGCCGCCGCCUCCACACACCCACAUGGGCGAAAACCCUCAGAUGGCGACCCUCGUGCUACCGUACCUCAUGCCACAGCACAUGCUACCGCAGAGCCCUCGCCGUCCCCCGCACGGCCCCCCGCCCCCACCGCCCCACAGCCACAUCAACGACGGGGCGCCAGUGGCGGAAGAAGGGGAGCAGCCAGUUCCCUUUGAGGGGCUGCUGGGCGGGGAGGGAGAGGUGCACUCCAUGCUGGGCCCGGACGAUCCGACAACACACCCGAUCCUGCCGUCAUCCCACGGGCGCUACGAGAACGGCACCCGUGUGUGGAUGGUGACGGCCAAGCGGGACAAGGGCAAGCAGGAGUGGGUCAAGGCCGACGUCUAUCACACUGAGGGGACCAGCGGAGGGACGAGAGUGUCGAUGAGGGAGGUAGAGGGGCGAGAGGAGUUCAUUAUGGUGGUGCCGCACCAGCCCAAGGCAUCGCCGCACGGCCUGCAGGUACGUUCUCAUGCAUGUGCCCAUUGGUCCCGGUGCAGCUGAAAGAUCCAACUUGUGUGCGCGUGUGUGUGUGUGUGUGUGUGUGUAUGUGUGUGUGUUCUAGUGUGUGCAGGUGCAUGAGGGCUUCACAUUAGUCGAGAGGGCGCCUCGGGAUGAGUCCGACAGCAACAAGGUACACUCACAAACAGACAGACAGACAGACACACAGACAACGCACUGUCAACCUGCCGCUUUUCGCCUCAGCACGGCCAGCACGUUGGCUUGUUCGACCUGCCACCCGACGUCGAGCGUGACGUCGUCUUCGCACUGCUCGGCCCCGGCGACCUUGCCCGCCUCCGCCGCACCUGCACACUCGGCAGCCGGCGUGUGUCGGAGGACUACGUCAAGACGCGGAUCGACGCCCACUUGACCAACAAAGGCAUCAAGCACAUCAUCAGCUACCGCAUCAAGCACAGGACCGUCGGCCACAUGUUGCGGCUCCUGUACUUCAUCGAGCAGAGCGGCGAUUGGGCCGGCUGGGAGCCAAUAAUCAGGGUGGCCAAGCAUCAGGGGCGGGGAGGGGGGCAGUUGUCGAUAGAGCUGGGGAGUGCUGAUGUAGAGGCGGUGGGCAGCCGGGCGGUGUUUGACGGGCGGUGUGAGGCCAUGCGCCAGCUCUCACCCAUCGCCCGCCACAUCGGUGUGAGGCACGAGAACCAUGAUGGCGAGGAGCGCUGGCAUGGGCGUCCGCUGACCAUCUACACACCGCAGACACUGCUGCUGGUCGACCACCCCUUCCGCAAUGGAUUCGACCCGGCCAACCCCGUGUGUGAGUAUGAUGGUGAGGGAGAAGGGAUAUCAAUGGGAUAUGGAUCACACGAGGGAGGAGGGCAUAUGGGCAAUGGAAUGGACCAUUUGGUUGGGUGUGUCCGUCUCUUUGCAGGUUGGGAGUAUGCGUCACUUCGCGACGCUGUGUUGGAUCAGUGAGAAGAAUGAGGAGAAAAAUACACAUUGGCUGUACCGCUCUGCCGUGAUGUGUCUCUUCAGGAUGCGUUAUGGAGGGUCGGUUGUCGCGGACGAAUCGAGCAGUCGAUGGGAGAAUGCCACACGAUACAACCGACUGGUCACACACACACACACACACUCACUCGUUGUCAUAUCUCGUUCUUUCUUCAGCAUUCGCUUUCCACUCAGCAGCCGCCCGUGUGGGACCGGCGCACCAUCAGCACCAGCCACCGUCCGGCACUCCCAUCCGAUUCAGUAUCCGAUCUCCCAUUCGAUCACCCGGGACUUGGACGCUUCGAUCGCGUGAUAGUGCUGCAUGGCGACCAGCCCGGCCACACAUUCCAGGCCCACCUCAUCACCUGCGUCGGCCCGGACUUUGUGCGCGCCCACUUCCGGACGACGGAGCCUCCCGUGGACAGUGAGGUGGGUGCCGCCAGACUCCCACAGACAGCGAGGGUGGCGCGUGAGGUCAUAGGGGCCGACGCAGAGACGGUGUUCGGCAGUUGGUGUUCGGCAACAGUAGGGUGUUCCGCAACAGUCUAGCUAUAGCCGUAGACUAACUCGAGUGUGCAGAGGGCCUUCCUGUCUGUCUGGCCCAUUGCCGCAGCAGCGGAUGGCAGGCAGGCAGGCAGGCAGGUGUCUUAGAGAGACUGACUGACUGAUGCGGGCGGGACGGGGUGGGGGCGAGCUAGUGGGUUGACAGACUGC